CUGUAGACCAACUGCCAGUUGCCACACUACUGCCAGUGAGCGGACGUACAGCGCUUGGUGCUCAGCAUGUCCGAGAAAUCACAAUUACAGUAUGCCGCCGCAUCUCGCGUCCCUCUCAUCAAAUCGCCCAGUCUCAGGGUUGCGCGGCCGGUCGAGCGUCCCCCGGACAUUCACCCGCUACCGGAAGAUGUCUCUGCUUACUUCGUGUAUCCCUUCACACUUGAGCCUCACGUAAUCCGCCUCGAGGACUCGCGUCGAUCCACGCUCGCCGCUCAUGCAGCUCGUCGCGAGGCAUACCUCAAGUCGCGCGAGGAGGAGAAAGAGCGGCGCAAGCGCGAUGCUCUCCGCCGCAUAGCUCCAGGGUUCGAGCCUCAAGGCACGCUGCUCGUGCCCACGAAACGGCAGUCGAUAGGUCCGGGAUCGUCGCCCGCUCCUCCGGACUCGCUGGACGGCAGUACAGGACACGCGCACACCAAGUCGGUCAUGGAGGAUCUCGUAGAUCAACUUGCAGCAUUGGAUGCUGAGCGCGAUCAGACUUGAUGCACAUCCGUGGGGGCGAUUAUCACGACAUGGACGUGCAUCGGCUCGCUCAUCCUCCCUCUGUAUGAAUAUACGCACUUUGACGCUUUAAAAUGAUACCAGCGUCAUCACCGUUCCUGUGUUACUUCACCUAGUAGCCGUUUCGUCAAGGCCCUAGUGCAAGGGUGCCGUAUCAUGCUGCACGACAGAAUUUAGGUAGCAGGUACGUAGAUCAUGCGCAGAGACGUCUUCAACUUCGCAGGCUAUGAGGAAGCUGGGGGUGGUUUGGCUACUAGUAGAACAGUAGCGAUACGGUCUGCAAACUCGCGCCCUGUACACGCAUUCAUGGAAGAGCACGAGUGC